AUGUCUAACAAAAAAGACGACGAGAAAACACAGACUAACCCGACACCACCCGUCGACUCCUCACCUCAAUCCCAACAAACACAACCGUCAGGAGACAUUUCACAGCACAGACGUAGUCACAAAAAAAUAGUCGCUGUUGACACCAAGAGAACAAGUUUUAUGGACAACGACGGGAAUUGGACGGGGGAGAAUGUGUUUGACCAAGUCUCAUUAAUUGGAAGUGGAGGGUUUGGGGAGGUUUGGAAAGUGAGGCACAUAUAUAUGCAUUUCACAGCCGCAGCCAAAAUUAUUAAGUCUGCAAGAUCCUCCAUGGAACAAAUACAAACUGAAAUUGCCACUUUUAAAACGAUGAAACACACGAAUAUCUUGUCGUACCUUGGAACGUAUAGAGACAAAGAGUCUGUAUGGAUCGUCAUGGA